CAUAACGCAAUUUACAACGCUUGCCGGAAUUUGAGGAUCAGUUGUACACUGCUAAAACGCACCUCCUAGUCAGUGUCGAUGAUCCCGGUCUACAUAUCUGCAUCCACAAAUUCACACAUUCUAUGCUUCGGUUGACUAUGGAAACGAAUCGGCACCGGACUCGCAUGUACGAUUUAUCGUACACGUCGUCGGCCUGGGAGGUUUCUGGUCAAAGGAAUCAUCAAUCCCACGAAUUGACUCACACAUGUACAGCCAGAUGAUUGAUACAUAUCCCUACCCUCGUCUUCUCCUACCGCUCAUUCCACCCACCACUAAGCCCAGCCUCCAUCCUCAUAGUUUUGCUUCGUGGUUGCAUCAUGUCCGGCAGCGCAGAAAUACAAUCUAUAAGACUUGAAGUCAUUGGCGGAAAAAAUCUCAAAAUCCCCUCCUGGCGCAUGCCUGCAGGCAUUUACGUGUCCAUUAAUGUCGACUCAAGGAGACGCUGGAAAUCAGCCAUCCGUGUCUUAUCAUCCAACGAAUCCGUAGUGUGGGGAGAUACCAUGACCCUAUCCUCACACGAGUCACCUGCAUUAUCAAUGGAGAUCAGAGCAUCUUACGAGGUCGACCGAACGCUUGGCAAUGGCGAAGUCAUCGGAAAACUUCAAACAUCGUGGGAUGAGUUACUCGAUCAUGGAGAUGAACCAUUCGAGUUCACCGGAUCUUCAAGGUUCAGUCGUCCAAGGCGUUCAAAGAUUUCGGUUGAGGCUCCGGGCCUUCAAGAGGUUCGCACUUUGAUGAAGGCUGUUGACUACAAGAUCGCUGUUCUCCCGAUACAUCCCUUCUUCACGCAAAGAAUUGAUGAUCACCUUCGUGCAAAGAUCAAACGCAGGUCCAAGGCGAACGUAGAAAUUGUUCCCGUUGAACCCAGCGAUUUCGAUAUCCUUGCACCCGCCAACAGCAUCACGAAGCUGCACCGCGAGCUCGUCCUCGAGUUCUAG